ACCUCGACGCACUCUUCCAAGCUAGCACUGAUACAGCCCGUCUACGGUAGCUCCUUCGCACCGUCUGUUCAAUUGCUUAACCAGGAGGAAGUCAAGAGCGUCUAAUUGGCUUAAAGUUGUCGAGUAUCACAGCAAAAAUGACUCAUGAGAUCGUCGACAACCCUCUGACCGAGGCUGACAUUGUCACCUCCGAAAUUCCUAUGAAUGUACAGACUGACCCUGCCAGCAAGAAGCGUAAGAAUGUACAGGGAUCUGAGGCCAACAAAAAGCCCAAGGUUCAAGAAAACCGAGCGAUUUACGUCAGCAACCUCCCGCGCGACACCAACGAACAAGAGAUCGAGGACGAAUUUAAGAAGUACGGCAUCAUCGACCAGGGCGCAGACGGCAACAAGCGCAUUAAGAUGUACAAGGAUGACGAGGGCAACUUCAACGGCGACUGCCUGAUCGUAUACUUCAAAAAGGACUCGGUCGACCUGGCAAUCAGGAUGAUGGACGAGUACUACUUCCGCAUCGAGGACCAAUCGCAGGGCACGAUCCGCGUCAAAGAAGCAGACUUCUCGUACAAAAAGCACAAAGACGGCGACGAGAUCGCGUCAAAGCUGACGCGCAAGGAUAAGAAGGCUUCGGAGCGCAACAGGGCGGAGCUGAACCGCAAACUCGCAGAAUGGUCCGACAAUGAAGACGAAAUCGCCGAAACCUUCGCCCCGAAAAAGAACAAAUGGGCAAAAGUAUGCAUCCUACGGCACGCAUUCACGCUCGCCGAGCUCGACGAAGAUGACGCCGCGAUCCUCGAGAUCAAGGAGGACAUGCGCGAGGAAGCAGAGACAUUUGGCGAAGUCACAAACGUCACGCUAUUUGACAAGGAGCAAGACGGCAUUAUCGCAGUGCGCUUCAAGGAGUUUGAGAGCGCGGAGAAGUUCCGGGAGGCUAAUCAUGGGAGACACUUUGGUGGAAGGAAGCUCGAGGUUACACUGGCAGAGGAGAAGCCUAGGUUUAAGAAGAGUGCAAAGGGCGAGGAGCCAGAUAGUGAUGAGGAGGAGCGCAACCUUGAGCGGCUGGCAAGGCAGCAGUAGGUGCCGGUUUGGGCUUGCUUCGUGCGGGAAUGGUGCAGAGACAUAGAUGGAGAGGUCGUGAAGAGCUUCGCCGGCUUUAGUACCAUACGAAGACAUAGAGACGUGGCGAACCCCAAA